AUGUACAACCAGCCGCCUGAUAUGAACAGCAUUGAUAAUUCAAAUGAAAGUGGUAUGACGCCAGUCUUGAUACCGAUAAACAGUUUGGGAUAUCCAAAUCGAAGGUUUCAGUACAAUAGCGGUGAUCCAAUUGUAAAUCAGACACCAUUUGAUAAUGACCCGCCAAGGAAUAUUGUGCCUCGAGAAGCACCUCUUACAAGCAGAUCAUCUAUUGAUUCCAGUGAAGAAGAUAACACUUCGAUCCCCGAAACACUCCAUUUAAGUUCGACAACUACAACAGAAUCAACAACAGUAACGACAGAAUCGACAACAUCGGCUAUAGAUAUAUCAACAACAACAGCGAGUCCUAAUGUGAGUGGUUCUGGGAGGGAUUCAAGUGAAUUACCUGAAGUUGUAGACAAAAAUUAUUUAAGUAAUGCAAAUACAAGCUCACAGGAGAAUAGAAAGAAUCAUGACUUGAACAAACAACCGUCGCGGAAUAUAAAGCGAGAAGCUAAUUCAAAUAACAAGAACGAAGAGAAGUUGUCAAAAGAAUCAGCGAUUAUUAAUAAGCAACCUCAGUCUUAUCCUCUUGUUUUUCCGGAUCACGUAAAUCAAUUCAGGAAGAACGCUGAACAAAAACGAAAACCGAAUGACUUUCCGAAUCGAUUCUCAGAAGGGCCACAAGUAUUAUAUGCCGUUAGCAUUGCACCUUCUCUAACUUCACAAUAUAAUGGUGGAUCUAAUGCGCAUCCAGCAACUAGCAAUGUUCCCAGUCAAUCCAAUGCACCGCUCACGAAUUCACCUAGCUAUAACCAAAAUGCGCAAUACACAAACCAACCGACAUACGUCUGGCAGAAUGCAAAUCAAGCCCUGACAAGCAACAUGCCAAGUACAGUCCAGAACACCAUUGCGCUGCCCAAUCAGAACGGGGGCACAACCCUAUAUUCCGUUGUAAACCUCCCAACAACGAACACCUACGUUCCAAAUCAAGUUCAGUACCCUGCAACUAACAUCAAUGCGGGAAACUAUCAAACUGUGUCCACUAACGGCUUAAACAACGGGUCUCCAUACUACGUGGUGUCACAACCCAACCAAAAUACACAGCAGCAAAACACUGAAGCUGUUUUGCCCUACAAUAACGCACCUAUGACUUACACAGUCGGUUAUGUAUCCAGCAAUGGACAAACGAUUCUGGUACCGAGCAACGCUCAAGUAUAUCAGCUGAGUCCACAGACUAACUAUGUGCCCGAAUCAAAUGGCCAAGACGACGUGAUGACUCUGACUUCAGCUCCAAGUAACACAAUUACUCUGCCAGAAAAUACAGAUACGGUCACCUUAUUAAGUUAUAAGGAUAAGAUAGACUCUAAACCAAAGGAUAAGAAUUCGAAUGACGACUAUGCAGACAGUCCCGAAGUUAAGGCAGACUGA